CCAAUGUGUCAUUCGCUAUGGGGCUCCAGGAGGUUGACCUGACUCCCUCCGCGAAGAGACGGCGCGCAGGAAAGCAGUGAGCGAAACAUCCUGUAAAACAGAACUAACGUAAACAAAUGCAAUAUACAGCAUUUUAGUAUUGUUUGUCCGUAAAAAUCUAAUUUUUGCUACAGUUAGCUUGCAAACAGUUGAGAGUAUUUCAAUUGAGGAGCACGUCGACGUCGGUCUGGUCAACUUGGAUAGCUAGCAGUUAGUUUACACAGCUAACGUUAGGCCUAGCGUGAAGCUAUCCACCGCAGGAAAAGCAACAUACGAAGGAAUGAGUGAUGACCUCUGUUGUGGUGGCAGAUGGUGGAGGGAAUAUGGUGGAGUACGUCACUGUCAUGGAAGAGACUGAGCAGAGUGAGGAGGGGGAGGUGGUGCAGGAGAUAGUGGAGACAGUAAUAGGGGAGGAUGGGGAGGAGUAUCCUGCGGUGGUGGUGGAGGAGGUUCCCAGUGCCCAGGUGGAGCAGUGCUACGCUGCCCAGGUGCUGGUCUACGAUGACGGGACCUACCUGAUGCAGGACGUGGGAGAUGAGCAGGAGGUGGUCACAGAGGUGGUGGAGACAGUAGAGGUGUCAUCACAUGGGGGCGCCAUGUGCUUUGAUAAGACCUUCGAAGCAGCCGAGGCCCUUCUUCACAUGGACUCCCCUAGCAGUUUCCAUGGAGACCGCAACAACACAGUGGAGGACGUGAUGAUGGAGACUGUGGUGGAGGUGUCUACAGAGUGUGAGCCCAUUGAGGAGGACAGCUUCCCUAUACCCCCCGACUACGAGCCUCCCUCUGCCAAGAAGAAGAAAGGGGGAAGGAGGUCGAAGAUACAACAGCUUCAGCCUGACACCAACUGCACCAUUGACCUGGGGAUCAGGAAGAGACCCAGAGAGGGAAAAGGGAGCACCACCUACCUAUGGGAGUUCCUGUUGGAUCUCCUCCAGGACAAGAACACCUGUCCCAGGUACAUCAAGUGGAUGCAGCGGGACAAGGGCAUCUUCAAACUGGUGGACUCCAAGGCGGUUUCCAAACUGUGGGGCAAACACAAGAACAAACCUGACAUGAACUACGAGACCAUGGGCCGGGCACUCAGGUAUUACUACCAGCGGGGGAUAUUAGCGAAGGUGGAGGGUCAGAGACUGGCUUACCAGUUUAAAGACAUGCCCAAGAACAUCAGGGUGAUCGACGAUGACGGGGAUGAAGAGGGCGAGGAGUGUGAGGGGGAACCCUCUGAGCACCACCGGGCGGUCCAGACCCUGACCCUUGACCCUGCCACCUCCACCCAGACAAAGCAGAGCUACGUCACUGUCGUCCCCACUGCGUCCGGCAACAGGACCAUGCGUUUGGCCAUGCCCAUGGUCAUGACAACGACGCUGGGUCAGAUGACCCUCAACUCCUCCACCGUCUUCACCACCCAGGCUCCCAUCACCCUGGGCAACGCCCAUGCCAGCGGGCCCAAGCUGGUGAUCCAGACCCUGCCCACCAUGAUGCCCUCCGGGGCCAAGAGCGGAGAGAAGAUCACCAUCAUCACCAUCCCUGCGGCCCAGCUAGCUCAGCUAACGCAGGGAAACCUCUCAGCCCAGCUCUCAGGCCAGCUAGCUCAGCUCAUACAGGCCAAACCAGUCACCCAGCUCAUACAGGCUAAACCAGUCACCCAGCUCAUACAGGCCAAACCAGUCACCCAGCUCAUACAGGCCAAACCAGUCACCCAGCUCAUACAGGCCAAACCAGUCACCCAGCUCGUGCAGGCCAAACCAGUCACCCAGCUCGUGCAGGCCAAACCAGUCACCCAGCUCGUGCAGGCCAAACCAGUCACCCAGCUCGUGCAGGCCAAACCAGUCACCCAGCUCGUGCAGGCCAAACCAGUCACCCAGCUCGUGCAGGCCGAACCAGUCACCCAGCUCGUGCAGGCCGAACCAGUCACCCAGCUCGUGCAGGCCGAACCAGUCACCCAGCUCGUGCAGGCUAAACCCGCCACGCUCCAGAUAAUGCAGAAACCAGCCCCUCCGCUCAUACUGGCAAAGCCUGUGACACAGCCCCCCAACCAGCAGCUACCUGCGGCCUCCCCUGUAGGUAUACCACAGCCCCCUCCCUCCACUGCCAUCACCACCCCUGUACCAACCCCCACUACACCCCCUGUAAAAGAGGCCAUCUCACCCCCCACAGCCCUCCCAGAGUCCACCCCAUCCCCUCCUUCAGCGAGCACGGAGCCCUCCCAGUCCAGCCCGGAGGGCCCCUCUGCCUCGGAGUCGGCACAGAACCCAGUGGCCCCUGAAUCUUGAACUUGAUGCCUGAGGGCUACUGACUCCAUAUUGACACUGUUUGAAGUAGUCUUCACUUCCCAUCCUUUUCUCACUGGGCAGUGGAGCUGUUGGACCAUACAGAGUAGGAGAGCUCUGAACUGGACCUCAGUUGGAGCGCCUAGUUACCAGGAAGCUAGUCUUCAAACUGGAGCUGCAGUGCCCUCCGUCCCUCCACAUCAGAAAACCAGGAAGACGAGAGGAAAAGCGACUUUGUAUACAUACUCUUUAGAAGCUCGUUGGAACUCAAACGACAGGCAAGCCUUAGAUUGUAAAUCCUUUUUUAAAAUCAAAAACAUAAUAUAAGGAAGGUCUUUGUGUAAAACCUUUUUGAUACUCUGCAGCAGGUUACGUAUGAUGUAUUCGAAGUUCGAUGCAACUGCAGUUCUUUUGUAUCAUAGUUGGAAUCUUUGCUUUGGCUUUUCAUCUGACUUUGUUGGUUCCCAUUCUGUCUGUAUGGCUAUCGGGCAGUAGUAGUACCCCACAGCACUGUCCCUCAACACUCAAUGUUCUUUUGUGUUUCUUUUUUUACUGUUCAAGUUUGGGAGCGAAAGGAUGUUUGUGUCAAGAAAAGACGAGUUUAGAUAGUAUAUCCCACAUUUACGCUAUUUUCUUGUACUCGCUGUAUUGAUGUAGAUUUAAACUGAAAUGUAUUAUAAAAACUAACAUGAAUAGAAA